AUUUGCUUCGCUUUUCCCGUCGCAGGGAGAAAGCUGCGAGUCGGGUCAUACUAUAUAGUGGCAUCGAUGUUGGGAGAGAAUGGGUGCGUAGGUUAAGCACCAGUAACCACCCAAGCGCAUCGUACACUCGCCUACUUUGCUUUCUCUGUCAUGCUCGCUGUACUGUGCGUGCGCCCCAAGCCUUGGAUCCUCUCCUCCUCCUCCUCCGUCCACGGCUCGCAGGCUCAUCAUUAUCCGUACAGCAGCCGGAUACGCCGGAGUCCGAUACAUUUCGUUGGCUUCCGCGGAGACCGGCAGCCUCGUCGCCACCACUCUAAUGCUUGUCGGCUUGAAGGUUCGUUCGGCGGUGGUGCAGCGUCCAUAUGGCACGCGAUCAUGCCCUGCGGAGCCGCCGGUAUACCGAGCGAUCUCCUGCUCCGGCGGAAGGCGAUGCUCAGGCGUGAGCGGAGUGGGGAGGGGUCGUGGAAUGCCGCGUGGGAUGCACGCCCCGCCCGGUGGCUUCACCUGCCCGACUCAGCUCGGCUGCUCUUUGGCGUCUGCGCGUGCCUCACGCCGCUGGAUUUGGCAAUCGAUGGCAAUCCUGAGGCGGCAGUUUUGGAAGAAAAAAUCGAAGCUUGCGAUUCAAUUGACUUGAACGCUUGCAAGAUUAAUGAGCUCGUCGGUCGCGAUGUAAUCGACUCAAACGCUAAUAAGAACAGUGAUGGCUCUGCUGAUUACAGGGUCACAGGGGUGCUGGCGGAUGGUCGAUGCCUAUUUAGAGCAUUAGCACAUGGGGCUUGCUUGAGAAUUGGGGAAGAAGCUCCGGAUGAGAAUCGUCAGAGAGAACUUGCUGAUGAAUUAAGAGCUCAGGUUGUAGAUGAGCUUUUGAAGAGGCGGAAGGAAACAGAAUGGUUCAUUGAAGGAGAUUUUGAUGCAUAUGUGAAGAGAAUUCAACAACCCUAUGUGUGGGGUGGAGAACCUGAAUUGCUGAUGGCUUCUCACGUUUUGAAGACUCCAAUAUCUGUCUUCAUGUUAAAUAGAAGCUCAGGUGGUUUGGUAAACAUAGCAAAGUAUGGUGAAGAAUAUCAAAAGGAUGAAGAGAGCCUCAUCAAUGUUCUGUUUCAUGGGUAUGGUCACUAUGACCUAUUGGAAUCAUUCUCAGAAGAUACUUGCCUGAAAUAAACGGGUAUAAGUUGGGUACGAUUUAUAGAAAUUUUACGAAUAAGUGAAAACAAUCUUCAGAAGAUCUUACUUUUUCUUGGAGGAUGUGUUUCCACCACUCGAGAUACUGCAUCAAGUCAAGUAAUUUGCUGCAAUAACGUCAAUUUAA